UUACAGAACCUUUGUAAGUUCGACAUUAGCACAGCACUGAUGCCGCAGCCGAACGCGCAAUGCGCAUGCGUCGAAAGGUGACUCGACCAACACAUUGUCCCGAAGAGGUUUAACGUAAUGCUGGAUCGCAAGCAAUCGCAAGAUUGAAGCAACGCAUGGUACCGUGACCGUAACAGGGUCGGAAAUCCAUACAGGGGAGUUAAAGAAGAACAAAAAUAUCCUGUUAAUAUUUUAACAAAAUGGAGGCACUUGUGGAUUUUUGGGAGAAACAUAUUCUUGAAACAAUCUUAUGGAUGAUAUGGCUAUUGAACUUUUGGCAUUAUUAUUUAAAUUUUCGCCAGAGAUCAUUGCUGCGACGUCUGGUUGAUUUACCCAAAUCGAUUGAGGGUUUAAUGAGUAAGGAUAUAUAUGAUAAGGCUCGUGCGUAUGCCUUGCACAGAAAUACCUUCGGUACAGUACAGGAUGUAUAUUCUAAGAUUUAUAAUACCUUAAUCCUGAUAUUUUAUGCCUAUUACUAUUUCUGGCAAUGGAGCAUUAAAAUAGCAAAGUAUUAUGAUUUCGACCACAAGAAUGAAAUACUGAUAAGCGCAAUAUGUAUGUUUAUCAUAGGUGUAUUUUCCCACAUAUCCAAUCUGCCAAUAGAGAUAUACGAUACUUUUGUUUUGGAACAGAAACAUGGCUUUAAUAAACAAACAGCUAUGUUUUUUAUUAAGGACGAAAUUAAGAGAUUUCUCGUGACUCAAAUUAUCACUUUACCUCUUUUAUGUGGUGUAAUAUGGGUUGUGCAAAAUGGUGGCGAUUAUUUCUUCUGGUACUUGUGGUUAUUAACUGUGGUAGUAUCGUUAUUCAUGAUAAUUUUGUAUCCAGAAAUAAUUGCACCAUUAUUUGACAAAUAUACACCAUUGCCUGAGGGCGAAUUAAAGCAAAAGAUCGAAGAAUUGGCAGCUUCCUUGAAAUUUCCUUUGUACAAGCUGUUUGUAGUUGAAGGCUCCAAAAGAUCGUCACACAGCAAUGCCUAUUUGUAUGGUUUUUAUAAAUACAAAAGAAUAGUUCUCUUUGAUACACUCAUCAAGGAUUAUUGCAAGAAAGACAGCAAUAAUGACGACAAAGAGAUUGGUUGUGAGACAAAUGAAAUACUGGCGGUACUCGCGCAUGAAUUGGGUCAUUGGAAACAUAAUCAUGCUUUGUUAGGAUUUCUGCUGAGUCAGAUAAUACUUCUAGCCAAUUUUAUUAUGUUUGCCAAACUCUUGCGAUACACACCAAUGUAUAGCGCUUUUGGCUUUGUCGAUAGUCAGCCCAUCAUUAUUGGUCUAUUUAUUGUAACAAUGUAUAUUUUAAUACCACUGAAUACAAUCUUUAAUUUUAUUAUCGUGGUGAUCAGCCGAAGAUAUGAAUUUCAAGCAGAUCAUUUUGCCACAAAAUUAGGCCACGGCGAGGCUUUAAAAGCAGCUCUUUUAAAAUUACAGAAGGAUAAUUUAGGAUAUCCUUUAUAUGAUAAAUUGUAUUCCUCUUGGAAUCAUUCACAUCCGCCUACCAUCGAGCGAUUGGAAGCAAUAGAUAAAACCAAAUAAGGGCCGAGUUUUUUUAUUCUACGCGGUUUUCAUAACUUUGAGGGCAUGAAAAAUGAAGCCUGAAGUUUUCUGAUACAAAAGCAUUAAUUUUUAUUUACGGUAUUUUAAACAUCGCGCAUUUCCCUUUUUAUUUUAAUUCUAAUAUCUAGAGUUGAACGGACCUAAAUAAGUCCGAGAUAAUUAUGCUUCCUGUUUAUUGUCAUAAUGUUAAUACGAUUC